UUUAAACUGGAUUGUUGUGGUCUUGGUUUUGUUUGUUUUAGUUGGCCUAACAUUAUUGUUUCCUAGUUGCAUGAGAGGCUGCAGGGAAACAAAGAGAAGUGCCUCAAGGGAUUGUAGAAGUUGUAGACGAAACACCAAAAAAAGGAACCCAGCAAGAACAAGUUCAAAAGGUUGAUGGUAAUUUGUACAAAGAUGCAAUGACAAAGAAAUUGAUAAAGCCAAACUCUCGCGACCUCAAGCAAUGAAAGAUGGUGCACAUCGUGACAAAGAAGUUGUACAUCAAACACCAAAAAGCAAAGGAACUCAGCAAGAAAGAGUUCAAAAGGUUGGUGGCGAUUUGGACAAAGAUGCAAUCACAAAGAAAUUAAAGAAAGCCAAACUCUCGCAACCUCAAGCAAUGAAAUAUUAUGAACAUGGUGACAAAGUUGUACAACAAAAACCGGGAAGCAACCAUCACCCUAGCUCUAGUAAAAAUCAGCCACUGUCUGGCAAAAAUAGAGUGGAAGAUUCGAGAGAACCGGUAGUCAAUGAAGAAGAGGAAAACACAAAUAGAGACGAAGAACAAGGAAUAUCUCAAAGAAAAACUCGUGGGAGAACUUUGUGCAAAAAGAUUCAUGCAAGAACUUUUGAAGAGCGAGUAGAAGUGACCUAUAAUGAUGUUGAUCAGCCUAUCGGUCCCACUAAAAAAGUAGUAUCUGACUUGAGCCUCUUCCUGGUAACAUUGGCUAGGAACUCAACAUUUUGUCCUCUAAAAUAUACCAACUGGUUAGGAAUACCUGAAAAAAAUAAAAACCGUGUAUGGAGAUAUGCUAAUGUAUGUGGGUGUAUCUGUGAAUUUGAAUGUAUAAUUAUUAUAGUCUUUAAUUUAUUAAUCUUGUGUUCUCUUAUACUUUUUUUUUAGCAGAAGUUUAUCUUGUCGGUUGAAGCACGAGAUUUGGUUGAGACUACUGUUAGAGAUGCAUGGAGAAGAUAUAAACACAAGAUUAAGAAGAAUCAUUUUCUUAAGUAUCCCAACAUGACCGAAAGACUUAAACAUCGUCCUCCAAAGAUGCCAAUAGCUCAUUUUAGGGAGCUUUGUGAAUUCUGGAGUUUUGUUAUUUUUUGGAUUGUAGUUAAGCCACAUUUUGGAUUGUAGUUAAACUACUAAACUUGUCUGAACUAUAGUUUUGUUAUUUUACUAGGCUUAUAUGUCGAAGCAUUAAACUUAUCAAGUAAUGUUUGACAUUUUGAUUACU